AUGGGUGCAGUUCAAGAUGAUGGCGAGUAUAAUUUGCAGGAGGCAUGGGACAAGGCGUGCACGUCCUUUGCGGGUACAGCCAAAAUCGACCUCACUGCAACACCGAAGUUCUCUGUCGACGAAGUCCUCGAUCAAAUUCGUACGAAACAGGAUGAUGAUGAUGAGAAAAACAACAAGUAUGCCGCUGCAAAAGAUGUGAUUGGCAAGACAUUGAAAUUUAUCACACUGCUGGGUGGGAUCGCUGCCCAGGGUGCGAGUAUGGUAUUUGCGCCAGCCGGGCUCUGCUUCAAUGCAAUUUCAUAUCUAAUUGAUACUGGAGCAAAAUUCAAACGUAUUUUCAGCAGCCUGGCCGAGUUGUUCCGCCGCAUCUCCGAUGUGCUCGAACGCUGCAAAAUCUAUAUGCGCCUGCCCGCGGACGCAGUUGACGUCUCCCUCCGAAAGAUUAUCAAUGAGGAGCUAGUGUGCUUUGUCGACAUUUGCGCACUGUCGAUUAAGGUUCUCAAGGGCCACAAGGUCUUGAUCGCGCUCAAGGUAUUUGCCUUCGAUGGUGACGAAGGCGUGAGAGGCCAGCUGGCUCGUCUGGCCACGCUAGUUGAGCGCGAGUCUCAGAUGCGGGACACACUAGGGUUCGAGUCUCAGAAGAUGAGCGAAAGAAACAUCAUUGAGAACAGGGAUGGUACCAUAAAAGUCAACGUGACAGUCGAUAAGCUGCUCAACAUUGAGAAGAAGAAAGAUGCAGAGACUGCCUCAAAGAGGCUUCUGGAGAAUAUCGAUUCCAGUCUGGACAAUCCGAGCGAGGCAUUCAAAGUCGUUGAAAAGACCCUGCGACGCCUCCUGGGUGACCAGGUUCAGGGGAGCGGAGAGUGGCUUCGGAGUGAUCCACUGUAUGCUGAGUGGGCGUCUCACAAAAAUUCGCCGUUCUCGGUCUUUGGUAUCUCUGGGGCUGAAGGAUAUGGCAAAUCGUUCCUCUUUGCAAGUAUCGUCAAAUACCUACAAGAAGCACAACCUCAAUCUGAAAAUGAUAUGAGGUGCAUUUCCACUGCCUACCAUAUCUUCGACCAAGAGGGGGAACAACCAACUCUGAUCCAGGCCCUCAAAGUGCUUGCGUGGCAGAUCGCCGACCAAGAUAUUGUUUACCGCAAAGAUGUGAGCUCUGUGAAAGCAACUGGUAUUAACCAGAUAAGAGAUCUUUGGGACCUUCUCUUUGCCAAAUCACAGAAGAGCGACUCCACGUUCUUUCUUCUCCUGGAUGGCAUUGAUCAGAUAGAGAAGAGCGAACUUAAAGAGUUUGUCCAGGUUUUAGAGGAAUUGCAUGCUAGCUCUGAGACCUGGUCGCAAUUCAAGCUCCGCAUUCUCAUCACUGGACGAAAUGACACGAUGAGCAAGGUCAAAGGUCAGCUCAGCGGAGGGAUGUCAACAAUCGAGGUGGCAUCCGAAAACAACGAUGAUGUAGACAAGUUCAUAAUUGACCGCAUGAACAAGAUGGAUAUUCUGAGCGACUCGUCAGAUCAAGUACUCUCACUUCAACACGAGAUCCUACAAAAUCUGAAGACCAAUACCCAUGGCGAUUUCGUCAAUAUAGGCCUCUUACUGCAUGAGAUCAGCGGGAAGCAGCGUCCUAGUGAGAUCAGGGAUAUUUUAUCCCGCUCGGGAGGCAAACGAUCCGACACUAUCACGAGAAAGAUUCAACGCCUAAACGAGACACUCAACGAAGAAGACAUCUCGGACCUGAAUGUCCUCCUCACAUGGAUUAUCUUUGGUCGGAUUGGACAAACUCUCAAUCAACUAGAGGCACUCCUCUUCCUGAAGGCCGGGGAGUCAUCUCUUCGGCCUCUGGCAGAAAAAAUAAAUGACCAAUAUUCCUCACUCCUCCAAAUCGAGGGAGAACCGCAUCCCAUAACUAAGAUCAUCCCAACCAGCUCGUAUGUGGUCAUAGUCUCGGAAUCAAUAGAUGAGUUCCUACGAAUGGAUGAUCAGUCGGACAACCCUGAAGAAGCCUCAGACCUAGAUCUUAAUGGCGAUAUCAACGAAAGCGAAGUCAGGAUUGUCCGUCGGUUCUUGGAGUCGGUCUGCGAUCCCAGCUUGUUCUCCAAAUUCGGGUUCGAAGAGUUCUUCCAGCGGAAACUCAAAGGAAAACUGGCCCGAGUCGGCGUUGACAUCAACAACGUUAAUUUUGAUCUGCUUUCAACGUGUGUGGAGGUUAUAAACCACGAGGAAUCUCCAAAAUUAGCUUCUCUGCUCGAGUACGCGUAUCGUUAUUUCCCCGACCAUCUUCAACAAGUGAGCCCCGAUUCAGUGACGCAGCGACAGAAAAGGGUAGCUCUUGGUCUGCAGUUAGGCAGUCUCUUUACAGACGAAGAGACAAUUAAAAAAUGGUGGAAACCAUACGAGCUUUGGACAUGGCGUGAUUGGAUCUACACGGACGGAUUUGCCGAAGCUGCAUUGAAGUGGCUUCAACACCCUUCGAUCACCAAAAGCCUUCCGGGUGAUCAAAGAAAAUGGGUGAAAAGUUUGAGUUCCAAGUCCGAUCCUGAUGCAGAUAUUCUGGAACACAUUGCAAAGUACACUGCCCGUCUCUGGUUGAAAUCGGGUCUUAGUGAAGAACAGCUUGCCGAUUGUUUCGCAAUAGUUCAUGCACAUAUCACCAAGAUUGAAAAUCGCAAAAACCCCCAGAUCCAAAGGUCACGCUCUGACCCGGACCCCGAAGAUCUCGACGUCUCCCAGAUUCUCGAUGCCGCUGAAUGGUCGCGACAAAAGCUCGGACUGGAUGGUCUAGGAUACUACGAGACCCGCAACUUAGCGUGCACAUUCAGAAGGUACAAGAAAUACCCCGAGUCCAUUGAAUAUUUCAAACUCUCGUGCUCGCUCCGGGAGUACAACUGGCUCUCGCAAUGGGGCCUCGCAAACUCGUAUGCAUGCCAGAAGGAAUUCGCGCUUGCGAUGGAGGCAAUAGAAGCCGCAAAGAAUGUUAUCAUGUGUGGCGAUAUACGCGAUGAUGAUUCUGAGUUAAUAGGAAUGAACCGUGAUCUGGCUAAGUACAACGAGGAGUUGGGUGAUAGAAACAAAUCGUUUGCGCUAUACGAGGAAAUGCUGCGAAAUGACCCGAAUGACAUCUUCGCUAUGCUGGAGAUCACGAUGCACUUCCACAAAAUCAAGGACUCCGAGGGCCUACUCAAAUUCCUCGAUUCACUCAAGGCCUCCAUAGACGAUUCAACCGGUCUAGACCGGCGAACGUUGAUGUUCCAUGACACCUACUCCCACGAUGGGUAUCACGAGGCAAUGCUCGCUCUGGGAUCUGAUGGCAAGGCCUUUGACGUUAUAUUCGAAAGCUAUCAAGUAGCAAUUGUUGCCGCUAAAGAGCGGCUCGCCAAAGCGAUCAGUGAGGGUCUCAACUACGAAGACAUAUACCAUGAUAUCUGCGAGGUGGAGCUCACGCGAAGGCUUGCGCAUCUUUGCUACGAGAAUGGCUCCGACAACGUCGAGCGGAGGGAAUUUGCUAUCGAACAGUUAGAGCAAAUCCUACAGAUUGAGGAAAGGUCCGAAGGAGGGUUCUUCGCAUGGGUGAAAAACACGGUCCGUGAAAAGCUCACGACCAUGUUCUUCCGUGAGGCGAUGUUGGAUCAAAACACCGCACCCACCUAUCUAGAGCGACUGGAACAGCUGGCCAAAUUCAAGCCUACAUCUAUUGACGACGACGAACGCCCUGAUAUCUAUGCAACGCAACUUAUCGCACGGUACCACGCGCUCCAAGGUGAUGAAAAGAAAGCCAAAGAUGCCCUGCGCUUGUACAUCAAACGCAAUAUCGACAUUCUCUCUGACGAUGAUCCGUCAAACGACUGGCAAGGUCAUCUGGGUUUAGCGAUAUAUCUCAUGUUCGCGGGCCAGGACGUAGACUGCGUCGCCGCUUGGUCGUUGCUUGCUCCUCCUUACGACCCACAGAUCGAUUCAGAUUCACCGGAGACCGAGAUAUGGCCGGAACCUACGCGCUUGUGGGAGAAAUGUUUUGGCUGCCUUGAUCGUAUUGUUAACGCAGAUGAUAUUUAUGUUUGCAGAGAGUGCAACAAUGCCAAGUUUCACGCACACUGUUACACCAUGCUACGAGAAGGAACCCUCGCGGGGGCGGUCUGCGGCAAGGAUCAUGAAAUGGUGCAUGUCCCACCAUAUGAUCCCGCCGAGCGCGAAAGAGUUGGCGAGGGUAACGUCCUGGUUGGAGAGGAAGUCAUCCCGGUUACUGAGUGGCUCCAGCGACUCAAGGAGAACUGGGAUAUUUCUUCAUGA